GGCUGGGCCUAAUUUCAAUUAAAAGCCCUGUCCAAUUGUCCACAAGUGAUAAGUCCAAGAAUUAAAAAAUAGGUUUGGAGGCUUGGAGCAUAAUUUCCGUCCUCAACUCGUCACUCCCCUGUCUUCCUCGGUUCCUCCAAAUCUCUGCCGCCCAAGUGCCCAACAAUAAGGAGAUUAAGAGGAGUCAAAUUAGCUGCUCAAGUGAGAUGAAGAAUAUGUGGAGCAUUUCCAUCUACUAACCAGCAACGGAUUGGCCGGUUUCAGAUUGGCGGGAUUGCCGCAGGUCUUCUUCAGCAUUCUAACAUUAUUUUGACGGUUUUCAUCUAUUAAGAUGAAGAAGACACAAAAGUCCCAAAGUAUCCGUGCAUUCUUUAAAAGUGCAAAUACUGAAAGUUCUUCAUCUCAAUCAAAUGUAUCUCCACAUAUUGAUACUUCGAUUUCUGAGAGUCGCCCAACAAAGUGUCCAAGAAUUGAAGUCAACGAGAGAUUUGAUAUCCAAUCUCUCGAGCGUGAUCCAGGAUUGCGACCACCAAUAUGGAAAUACCCCGUUGACAAACGUGAUGAAGUACGCAGGGCAUAUAUCAAAGCGGGUCCAUAUCAAUGUAUACUUUCGGAGUAUCCAAAAACUGGAGAAAAUUAUCGUCGCAGUUUUCAACCAUCAUGGUUUAAGCUAUUCCCUUCCUGGUUAGAAUAUUCUCCUACACUUGAUGCUGCGUUUUGUUUGCCGUGCUUCUUAUUCCAUAAUCAAGACAGCCCCUCUGGAUCUAAUGCUUUUACCAUUGUUGGCUUUCGAUCAUGGAAGAAAGUUAGAGAUGGAAAAAAUUGCUCACUCUUGGCGCACAUUGGCAAAGAUCUCACUUCUUCUCAUCGAAAUGCUGAAAGAGCAUGUGCUGCUUUAAUGAAUCAACAAUCACAUAUUGCCCAAAGUAUUCAGAAGUUUACUUCUCAAGAAGUUGUUGAAAAUAGACUUCGCCUAAAAACUUCUAUUGAGACAGUUAGAUGGCUUGUGUUUCAAGGAUGCCCUUUUAGAGGUCGUGAUGAGUCAGCUUCCUCCACCAACCGAGGAAAUUUUUUAGAGCUAUUAAAUUUUAUUUCUUCUUACAACGAAGAAGUAGCAAAAGCUCUGGAUAAAGCUCCACGAAAUGCAACAUAUACAUCACCAACAAUACAGAAACAAAUUGUGCAAGUUAUGGCUACUAAAGUUAAGAAUGCCAUACGAGAAGAAAUUGGUGAUGCAAAAUUUUGUGUCAUUGUUGAUGAGGCUCGAGAUGAAUCCAAAAAAGAGCAAAUGUCCAUUGUUCUUAGAUUUGUUGAUAGGGAUGGAUGUGUAAAAGAACGUUUUUUUGGCGUUGUUCAUGUGAAGGACACAGUUGCAUCAACACUAAAAGAAGCUAUAUAUUCUGUCUUAUCUCGUCACACUCUCGAUGUUCAAAGUAUUCGAGGACAGGGCUAUGACGGUGCAAGCAACAUGAGAGGGGAAUGGAAUGGGUUAAAAGCUCUAAUUUUAAGUGACUGUCCUUAUGCUUAUUACGUCCAUUGCUUUGCACAUCGUUUGCAAUUGGCAUUAGUAGCUGCAGCAAAGGAAGUCAUCCCCGUUCAUCAGUUUUUCACGAAGUUGGGUUCCAUUAUUAAUAUUGUUGGAGCUUCUUGUAAAUGCAAUGAUCAGUUAAAAGCUGCACAUGCCUCAAAUGUUGCUCAUUUACUCAGUAUUAACGAGCUUGAGACUGGGAAGGGACUCAAUCAAAUGGGUUCUUUACAACGAGCAGGGGACACUCGUUGGAGUUCUCAUUUCAGAUCUAUCUCGAGCUUGAUGAAGAUGUUUAGUGCAACAUGUGAAGUUCUGAUAAAUGUUAUUGAGGAUGGGACUACACAUGCUCAACGUGGAGAUGCUGAUGCUGCUUAUGAGGUGCUAACUUCAUUUGAAUUUGUCUUCAUUUUGCAUCUCAUGCGAAAUGUUUUAGAGAUUUCUAAUAUGCUUUGUCAAGCUUUGCAACUUCAGUCUCAAGAUAUCCUAAAUGCAAUUCAUCUUGUGUCGUCAACUAAAAUUCUCAUUCAAAAGUUACGAGACGAUGGAUGGGAUGAAUUAAUUACAAAUGUGAAGGCUUUCUGCGAAUCUGUCAAUAUACCUGUGUUGGAUUUUAAUGCUUUGCAUAUCGCAAGAAAGGGGAGAGCCCGACAUCAAAAAGAUAAGUUGACAAUUGGAGAGCAUUACAAAUUCAACAUUUUUCAUGAGGUGAUUGAUACCCAACUCUCUGAAUUGGAGAGCAAGUUUAAUGAGAAAGCAAUUGAGUUAUUAACGCUUAGCACGGCACUUGAUCCAAAAGAGAUGCGCAUAUCAUUCAGAAUUGAUGACAUCUGCAAAUUGGUGGAGAAGUUUUACCCACAAGAUUUUGAAGAAUAUGAGAUGUUACAAUUGAGAGUUCAGUUUCAGCAUUUUGAGCAUGUUUGCCAACUUCCUGAAUUUGGUGCAUUGGACUCUAUUUCUGAUCUAAGUCAGUGGUUGAUAACAACUAGAAAAUCAGACAUCUACCCGCUUGUAUACAGAGUCGUAACUCUCAUUCUUACACUUCCAGUAUCUACAGCUACUACGGAGCGAUCUUUUUCUGCUAUGAGCAUCGUGAAGACUACCCUUCGAAACAAGAUGGAAGAUGAAUAUCUUACCGAUUGUUUGUUGGUGUACAUUGAGAAGCAAAUUGCAAAAAAAUUUAGUGUGGACUCUCUUAUAGAUGAUUUCCGUGACAUGCAGGAGCGACGUUCUAAAUUUUAACUCUCAAGACGUUUAGUUAUGUGUUUUUGAAUGUUUUAAAUGAAUACUAC